CGGUGAAUUUUCCGUCUCUUAUCAGGCUCCAAGUACAGUAAAUAUACCAGCAGAUGGCGCCACAACCCCAUUCUAGAUGGCAAGUUGACAACUAGACACCACCCGUCGACGAUAAAGCUGCUGCUACAUUCGGAACCAGGCUAGCAGUAAUUAUAUAUUUCUUUACUUACUGAGUGUUGGAAACUAACUCACUAAUUUCGUUUUGGGUUGGGCAGCAAUCUGCAGCACCAGUUGCUGACACUGCAAGGUGGGGGAGUAGGCUAUUGAGAUUAGAUGCUCGAGAGACAUUUUUUUGUUGUUGAUGAGCCGAGCAACAUGGACACAAAGAACAAAAGAUGAAGUGACUCACCCGAAGGAGCAUGCUGGCCACAAAGAGACAGAAGAUUAGAUGUCACCGACAUGAACGUGCAAGCGGCGCAGAAAUAAGCUGAGGGAUGACAUCGCUGGCUGUCGGCGUGGUCCUUUGUCUAACAGGCUGGAUCACUCUCUACACACUACUGUGUAACACCAAUGGCAGCCACGGUUCUGAGUGGAAUUGUAGGCUGGUCACACUGCUCCAUGGAAUCCUGGCCGUCUGUAUAACAGCAUACAUAGGCUAUGUGGAUGGACCUUGGCCCUUCACACAUCCAGGCACAAAGAACACUCCCCUUCAGAUCAGUGCUAUGGUCAUUAGCCUGGGCUACUUCUUCUUCGAUAUGGGCUGGUGUGUUUACUUCCGCACCGAAGGCCCGGUGAUGCUGGCUCACCACACCAUGAGCAUCCUGGGUAUUUUGUUGACCCUGAGCUUGGGAGAAUCAGGCAUCGAGUCCUGCGCCGUGCUCUUUGGCAGUGAGAUCACCAACCCCCUGCUGCAAACUCGCUGGUUCCUGAGACAGUUGGGUCGCUAUGAGAGCCUGACAGGGGAGGUGGUGGAUGUUCUGUUUGUAGUGCUAUUUGUGUUCAUGCGCAUAGUGGUUGGCGGGAGGAUGUUGUACUGCGAGCUCAUCUCCCCACGGCCCAGGUUAAUUAUAAAGUGUGGGGGAGUUGCCAUGUAUGUGCUGUCCUGGGUGUUCAUGGUGGACAUUGGUCGUUUCGCCUACCGCAAGAGUCAAUCCAAAUACAGACGCUGGAGAGACCAACACAAAUUGGCUGCAGUUAACGGACAUGUCGGAAAGGCCGACUGAAAGACUUCCUUAUCAUUAGAAGAUGAAUAAAAACAUACAAUGUUUAUACUAAUAGAAGUUAUUUAACAAAUGAUUAACUACCAAUGAUUGUGUAUGAUUAUUGGGGAGUAGUCUUUGGUAUUCAGCUUACACUUGUACAUUAUUGUGCUCAGUUCAGGAAAACCAAGAUGCUCAGUUUAGACAUACACUGUUCAUCACUCACUUUGGGUUAAUAAACUGGGUGGUUCGAGCCCUGAAUGCCGA